AUGUUUGGCCAAACACCAGAAGAGGCGUUUCGUCGGAGGGCAGCAGAGGCCUAUCCGGACGAUCUACACCGUCGAGAUGAAAAUCAGAUUGCGCACAAUAACCGGGACGACAAUGGCCAUGACCAGGGCAAAGAAGAUGACGUGGAACAGUCGGGCGACACGACGCAGAUUCCCAGCCCCGAGGUCGAGUCCAUCGCCGACGGCACCUGGGGCGAGCGCGACAUCGGAGGCCCCGUUAGCCAACGAUUGGCCAUGCAAGACUUUGACCAGCUCACCACCAGACUGAGCAUCACCCAAUCCCGAGCAUCGCGUGCUACUGGCACGACGCAGAAAUCCAAUGCCAGGCGCGGAUCCUUUUUUCACCGCAUGGCCUCGCGCGUGAGCGGCAAAUCCGAAAGGCGGCCCGGAACAAGCGGGCCACCCGACGGCGACGAAGACGACGAAGACGCCGAAGAGCAAGCAGAUGAUCAGGCGUCUUCUGCACACGAGCAGGACGACUUCCACCUCGAGAACUUCAUGCGAGAUGGUCACCUCGAACCGCGCACUGCGUCGGGCGAGUCGACCAAGAAGGUCGGCGUCGUCUUCAAAAACCUCUCAGUCAAGGGCGUCGCUAGCGGCACCAGCUUCGUCCGCUCCCUGCCCGAGGCCGUGCUCGGCACAUUUGGUCCCGACCUCUACAGGCUUCUCUCCAACUGGUUCCCCGUGUUGCGUUUUGGCCACCAAACGGCUGAGCUUCGGACCCUCAUCAACGACUUCACAGGCGUUGUGCGCCACGGCGAGAUGAUGCUCGUGCUCGGGCGGCCAGGUAGCGGCUGCAGCACCUUCCUCAGGGUCAUUGCCAACAACCGCGGCUCGUACGCCGCUGUCGAAGGCGAGGUGUCUUACAGUGGCAUAUCAGCCGAGGAAGCUGAUAAGCACUACCGCGGCGAGGUUGUCUACAACGGCGAGGAUGACCAGCACAUGCCGACUUUGACUGUUGGCCAGACGCUAAAGUUCUCGCUCCUCAACAAGACAAAAAAGCACCUUCGGGACGACCUCGGGCUCAUUUCCGAUGCCCUGCUCCGCAUGUUCGCAAUCAAGCACACCGAGAAUACCCUCGUGGGGAGCGCAUAUGUCCGCGGCGUGUCGGGCGGAGAGCGCAAGCGCGUCAGCAUCGCCGAGACCCUAGCCACCAAGAGCACGGUGGCCUGCUGGGACAACUCGACUCGGGGCUUGGAUGCCUCGACCGCGCUCGACUAUGCGAGGUCCCUGCGCAUCAUGACCGAUGUCUCGGACCGGACAACUAUUACCACGCUGUACCAAGCGGGCGAGGGCAUCUACGAGCUAAUGGACAAGGUAUUGGUGAUCGACGAAGGACGCAUGCUCUACCAGGGCCCGGCCAAGGAGGCGCGGCAGUAUUUCGAGGAUCUUGGAUUCUUCGCCCCCACACGGCAGACUACGGCCGACUUUUUGACGUCCAUCUGCGAUCCCUCCAUCCGCCAGUUCCGGGAAGGCUACAAAGACCGCUGUCCCAAAACAGCUGCCGAGAUCGAAAAGGCGUUCCGCGAGAGUCCCGCUUACCAGAAGCUGCUUGCCGACGUCAAGGACUUUGAGCAGCACCUCGAAAAAACCGGCCAUGCUGACGCGAAGACAUUCCAGGCGACGGUUCAGGAGCAGAAGUCGCGCCGUGUGGCGACACGGUCCAACUACACUGUGAGCUUCUGGAAGCAAGUCCUAGCGUGUACUCGUCGCGAGUUCUGGCUUCUCUGGGGAAACAAGACGGAGCUCUACACCAAGUACUUUAUCGUCAUCAGCAUGGGCUUUGUUGUCAGCUCGCUUUUCUACAACACGCCCGAAACCACAGCCGGGGCUUUUCUUCGAGGCGGUGUGGCCUUCUUCUCCAUCAUCUUUCUCGGGUGGCUCCAGCUUGCCGAGCUCAUGAAGGCCGUGUCAGGCCGCGUCAUCGUGGCCCGCCAUAAGGAAUACGCCUUCUACCGACCCAGCGCUGUCAAUCUCGCCCGAGCACUCACAGAUAUACCGGUCCUCAUGGCCCAGGUCAUCAUAUUCGGCGUCAUCAUGUACUUUAUGACCAAUCUUGCCCUCGAGCCUGGCAAGUUCUUCAUCUACCUGCUCUUUAUCUACGUGACGACCUUCUGUUUUACGGCACUCUACCGGAUGUUCGCCGCAUUGUCUCCGACCAUCGACGAUGCCGUGCGCUUCUCCGGUGUCGCGCUGAAUCUGCUCAUCAUCUACACUGGCUACGUGGUUGCCAAACCUGUACUGCUGUCGCAGAAGAUCUGGUUUGGGUGGAUCUUCUACAUCAACCCGGCUGCCUACGCUUUCGAGGCGGUGCUCACCAACGAGUUCCACGGCCGCAUCAUGCAGUGCGCUCCCGAGCAGCUCGUGCCCCAGGGGCCAGGCAUUUUGCCCGAAAACCAAGGAUGCGCCCUGCCCGGCUCGCAGCCAGGUCGCAACAGCAUCUCGGGAGAUGACUAUCUCGGUGUGCAGUAUGACUACACCCGGGCCCACCUGUGGCGAAACUUUGGUGUUGUGGUUGCCUUCUCCGUCCUGUACCUGCUGGUCACGGUAAUUGCCACCGAGAUGUUUUCAUUUGUCGGCUCCGGUGCGGGGGCGCUUGUCUUCAAAAAGUCCAAGAAGUCCAAGAAACUCAUCAAGGUUGCUGGCAAGCCCGACGAGGAGAAGGGAGCGAGCUCGGGUGAAUCAUCAGCCGGGGCACUCAGUGCCCAGCGGACUCAGGAUGAAGUUCUCGGGUCAUUAGCCAAGAGCGAGAAGGUCUUUACGUGGGAGAAUGUCUCGUACACUGUCCCAACACCGCAAGGGCCAAAGCAGCUGCUCAACAAGAUCAAUGGCUAUGCCAAGCCUGGAGUCAUGGUUGCGCUCAUGGGCGCGAGUGGCGCUGGCAAGACGACGCUGCUCAACACGCUCUCGCAGCGGCAGACCGUUGGAGUUGUCAGCGGCGACAUGCUUGUUGACGGCAAAGUCCUCGGCAACGAGUUCCAACGCAGUACCGGGUUCGUCGAGCAGAUGGACCUGCACGACGAGACGGCUACGAUUCGGGAGGCCCUGGAAUUUUCGGCGCUGCUUCGCCAGAGCCGUGAGACUCCACGCCAUGAAAAGCUGGAGUACGUCGACAAGAUCAUCGACCUGCUCGAGCUGCAGGAUAUCCAGGAUGCCAUCAUUGCCUCGCUGGGCGUCGAGCAAAAGAAGCGACUGACAAUUGGAGUCGAAUUGGCUGCCAAGCCUUCUCUGCUUCUCUUUCUCGACGAGCCCACCAGCGGUUUGGAUUCGCAGUCGGCAUUCUCCAUCGUGAGGUUCCUCCGGAAGCUCUGCGCGGCUGGCCAGGCUGUUGUCUGCACCAUCCACCAACCGUCGUCGGAUCUGAUCCAAGAGUUUGACAAGAUCCUGGCGCUCAACCCGGGAGGCAACGUCUUCUACUUUGGCCCUGUGGGCAACAACGGAAGCGCUGUGAUUGAUUACUUUGCGGAGCGCGGCGUCCACUGCCCGCCGGGCAAGAACGUGGCCGAGUUUAUUCUCGAGACGGCCGCAAAGGGGGGGCGCCGGCCGGAUGGCACGCGCAUCAACUGGAAUAGGGAGUGGCGCAAUUCGGCACAGAACAAGGAACUGGUCGACGAGAUUCAGCGCAUCAAGGCCGAGCGCGGCAAGUUGCAAGACUCGGCUGAGACCAUCGCCGGGCAGCACGAGUUCGCCGCCCCGGUGACAGCCCAGAUCACCCACCUCACCAAGCGCAUGUUCAUCCACCAGUGGCGUGACCCCUCGUACAUGUAUAGCAGGUUGUUUGUGUCGGUCAUUGUCGGCAUCUUCAACGGGUUUACCUUUUGGAAGCUGGGCAACAGCGUGGCCGAUAUGCAGAACCGCAUGUUCACGCUGUUCCUCAUCAUCAUGAUCCCGGCCACGGUCCUCAACUCGGUCGUGCCAAAGUUUUACAUUAACCGCGCGCUGUGGGAGGCGCGCGAGCACCCGUCGCGCAUCUACGGCUGGGUCGCGUUCUGCACCGCCGAGAUUCUGUCCGAGAUUCCCGGAUCCAUCGUCGCCGGCACCGUGUACUGGCUGCUUUGGUAUCUGCCCACGGGCCUGCCGACGGACGCACCGGCCGCCGGCUAUGUCUACCUCAUGACCUUGCUCUUCUACCUGUUCCAGGCGAGCUGGGGCCAAUGGAUCACGGCGUGGUCGCCUAACUUCACCGUCAUCAGCAACGUGCUGCCGUUCUUCCUCGUCAUCUUUUCCCUCUUCAACGGCGUCGUCGUGCCGUACAACCAGUUCAACGUGUUUUGGAAAUACUGGCUCUACUACCUCAAUCCGAGCACAUACUACAUCGCGGGCGUUCUGUCCGCGACGCUGAUUAGCCAGCCCGUCGUGUGCGCCGACAGUGAGGCUGCCUACUUCAACCCGCCGUCGGGCCAGACGUGCCUAGACUUUGCGGGCGCUUUUGUGCGGCAGGUCGGCCAGGGCUAUUUGAUCGACCCUAACUCGACGACCAACUGCGGCUACUGCCCCUACGGAAGCGGCAAUGAGUAUCUGACGGCGCUGAACGUCAAGCCGUCCGAUAAGUGGCGCAACUUUGGAAUCUUCCUGGCCUUUUGCGUGUCCAACUGGGCGUAA